UCGACGUCGGCUGGCUUCGCGCGUGCACCUUACUUCCUAUAAGCGCCUACCAUGGACGUCGGCACAGGCAUUGCCAUCGUCGACCUCACUGCGAAGAUCCUCCUGGCGCUGAAGAAGUACGCGAGCUUCGUGAAGGACGCCAACACGGAACGCGCGCGCCUAGCCUCUGAGCUAGCAGAGAUUGAAUGCGUCCUCGCCAAGAUCAAGAGCCAUCUCGAGGAAAGCGAGGGGAAACCCGGCUUUGAGGUGGUCGAAGCGAACCUGCGGACGCUGCUCGGCGAUGGCGGGUCGGUCGCGCUCUACGUAGCGAUGCUGCGGGAGCUGCUAAGCAAGCUGGACAAGGGCUCGAAGAAGAUGCGCUUGCGCGCCAAGCUGAUGUGGCCGCUGCGCGAGGGGAAGAUGAAGGACCUGCUGCAAAAGAUCGGGCACUAUCGCAUCCACUUUAUCAUGGUGUACGAAUUGAUUGGGAGCGAGCGACUAGCACAGGUGGCGGCUACUGUGGCGUCCAUCUCGGAGGAGCAGACACGCGUCCGGGAGGAGCUAAAGGGGAAGGAGAAGCGGCGAGCGCUGGAGGAGGAGCAGCGCAAGCACGAGAAAAUGCAAGAGGACAUCAUCAAGUGGCUCAGACCGGUCAACAACGGCUUGAAGCACGCGAUAGUGGCGGAGUCGCGCCAAGAGGGGACGUGCGGCUGGCUGUUUGACCAUCCUGUAUACCGUCGGUGGAUCGAGCAAGAUUGUGGCCUGCUCUGGAUGCACGGAACUCCCGGGUAUGGGAAGACUACAUUAGCGUCCUCAGUCAUCGAAUGUAUACGCCAAGACUCGCCUCACAUAAUGAACUACCAUUACUGCGACUUUCGAGUCCCUGACAGCAUCAAUCUGACGUCCAUUCUGCGCACCUUGCUAGCUCGCCUCGUGCGGCGCGCGCCUCUUGGACUCGAUGAGCUCCGGCAGCUUCAUCGUCGGAUGAAGUCUGGCGAGCCGCCCCUCGUUGUGGACGAGAUGGCGCGCCUUCUUUGCACAUUCUCUGGCCUCUUGGCGAGCCAGGUGGUCCUGGUAGAUGCUCUCGACGAAUGUCACGACAUCGCCGGCCUCAUAGCGCAACUGCGUCGUUUGUCCGGCAUCAAGGGCGUGCAUGUCUUCGUCACAAGUCGCUCCGAGCACCGUAUCGCUACGCUCAUGCACGACGAAGAGUUCUCUAUCUGCCUCAUGGAGGAGCGCAAGGCGCUCGAAGGAGAUAUCGAGCGCUACAUUGCUAGUCGCCUGGCUUGCCGCUUUCAGCUCGCGCGUUCUUCUCCCGAUCUCCUGGAUAAUGUCAAGUGCGAACUUCUCGCGCGAGCAAACUGCAUGUUUCGGUGGGUUCAAUGCCAAUUGGACACGCUCGAAAAAUGUCGCUUUCUGACAACACUGUUGGACGCGCUGGGUCAUCUCCCGACGUCACUGUAUGCGACGUACGAGCGAUUACUUCAAGAUAUCGACGAGAGCGGCCCAGACGACCCUCUGAUCGCGCGGCGGGCACUGCAAUGGCUGGUCGGCUCGAAAAUUCCCCUCCAUAUAGAUCAACUCAACGACGCCUUAACGAUUGAGGUUGGCGAACCGGAUCUGCGCAGCUAUAACGUGCUAUCCUGGUCCGCGGUGCUCGACGUCUGCGGCUCUCUCGUUCUGUACGACCGGACGACGGGGUUUGCGAGUUUGUCGCACUCUACAGUCAAGGAAUUUCUUGAACAGGCGCCAUGGCUCGUCGCGAUCCCCGCGCUUCAGCCCAGUACCAGCAUCCGCUCCGCUCUGCACAAGAGCCUGGCUAUGCAAUGCUUGACGUACCUUCUCCUUGACGCCUUCGAGGCCGGCCACUGCCAGGACAUAGAAAGUUAUCGCACCCGCUGCUACGAUUACCCACUAUACGAGUAUGCAGCUGAGCACUGGUUCCGACAUCUCGGCCUCGUCGAAGCUUACGAUGAGGACCUAUACCGGGCUAUGAUGACUCUCGUAUGGGAGCGCAACGCGGAGAAGUGCAGGCAGGCUAUGUGCCAGUCUCACGAUGGCCGUGGUCGUUCGCGAUACGCCAUACCUGUCCCAUGGUAUUGGGCUAUUAUGACCAAUCGGGACUGGGUUAUCCGACGUAUGCUGCUCGAACACCCCGACUGGAUUUCCGCCGAUAAACUGGAUGGUUAUGUGUGCGAUGGUCAACCACUUGCUAUGGCCGCUGCUUUCCACUGUAUGCGGGCGGUCAGCACUCUCCUGGACCUUGGCGCAGAUGUCGAUGGAGACCGCUCCCGAUCUCCAAUAUUCUAUGCGGCAGAGUCGUUUGUGCAUUGCCCUUCUCCAGUCCGCCGCGACAUUAUCUACCAACUUAUGGAACACAAUCCCGACGUAAAUACCGUCGGGGGUUCGGUCUUCAAUCUACUCGUCUACAUGGGAGAGACUGAUAUUGUCCUCCGCUUCAUCGACCAAGGCUUCCGCCGGGACAUCGUGGAAGUUGCCGAUGGUGAAACGCCGGUGCACUAUGCUAUCGGAGGCCGACAGCUCGAUCUUCUUGGAAAGCUCAUUGAUCUGGGAUAUGACGUAGAUUGCAUCUCCUCAGGCGGAACGUUUCCACUGCAAUAUGCACUUGAUUUCGAAGAUUCAAAGAUGGUACAAUUGCUUCUCGACCGUGGCGCCGCAACGUGGACUCUGAACCCAGCCCGCAUACGCCAGCAGCCCUGGGCGGUCACGAAGCCUUGGUUCCCAGUCAUCAUAGAACCGUUUCGGCCAAGAAUCCCCCUAUCCAGCGAGCGCCUCCAUCAUGCCUAUGAUAUACUACGGCAUCUCCAUCUACCUUCCCUAAUUUGCCUACGUAUCAUGGACCUGGCAGAAUUUUGGGCUUAUGCUCCAGCAACUACUCACCGGCAUGACCCAAUCCUUUCUAGCUUGGGCGCUGGCAGUCCAUAUGCAACUGCCUCAGUUCCUGUUGGUGAAUUGAGGGCGGUGACCUUUGCUACGGAAUUUCAUGAUAUAGGCCCGCCAGUCAAGCGGUUACGGAUCCUCGUUACCCCUGUGGAUCCCAUUGCGCCGCACUCAUACAUCUGCAUUGAAGCUACUGUCGCUGCUGCGAGCUUCCCCCCACUUGAGCUCUGCGUCCACUGGGAGCCACUGGAAAAGACCUCGUUUACGUAUACUCUGGACUUCCGUAUGCCUCACGAGAAGGUAUCGCCUUGUGACAUACAAGUGGCAUUACUACUAAUUGGUAGUAAAGUGCGACACAUACGUGCGACGUUGAUAGAUCCGUUCGUUGAUUAUGUCGUCUACAACUUACCUACGAAUGCUAUCCAGAACGCUACACGACAACCGCUGCUUGAGGAAAAAACUUCAUCCAUCAUACCCGCAACCUCCUUCCUGAAGUGUGUCAGUGAAUUCCCGUCGCCCAAAAUCGACAGCCUGGGCGCGGAAGGUGCCGACGCGGUGGCGGAGUUGGGCUCGCUAGACAUCGACACUUGGACAAUCGACUGCCGCGUCAACGACCGCGAGACGCUUGUCGAGGAUGCCAAGCAUGCCCGCUACGCACACGCCGAGGACUCCGAGGCGCACGUUGAGGUCGUCGACUGCCGCGUUGACGACCCCGAGAGGCCUGUCGACAAACUCGAGAGACCCGUCGAUGGUGUCGGGUCCCCCGGCGUCGAGUCCGAGUGCCGCGUCAAGUUCCGCGGCGUCGACAAUCGCAGUGCAGCUGGCGUCGAGCACAAGAGCUCAGCUAGCGGCGUCGCCGAAACCGUAGGACAUGCAGACGCUCCAGCGGAAGAGGACGAGAGCAUGAGAGCCAACAGAAGUGAAGAUGUUUGAGCGGACGGGGACGAGGAGGCUAGAUCGAACGGACGCGGGAGGGGAAGGCUCGAAAGCAUUCGCACCUGCAGUCAGCAUGCUCGAACCUGCAAUUAAGCGGCUGGCCCAACGCCGAGGGAUGAGCAGCGCGCUCCUCUGAGGGAUGUGUGACAUGCCCCUCUGAGGUGUGUGCAGGGGGCGCCUCCGAAGGAUGGUCAGCGCGCGCCACCGACCGAUAGGCAGCGUCUCCCCUGCGAGGUCCGAGUGGCUCAUUCCUCGCGGUACCCCUAUAGUCUGAUGAGCGUACGCAGGA